CGGAAAGUCCUGGUGAUCGGAUCGGGACCUAUUGUUAUCGGCCAGGCCGCUGAGUUCGACUACGCGGGAACUCAGGCCUGCAAGGCCCUUCGAGAGGAGGGAGUCGAAACGGUGCUGGUCAACUCCAACCCGGCCACGAUUAUGACCGACGAAGGAAUCGCCGACCGGGUCUACAUCGAACCGCUCACAGUAGAGGUACUGGAGAGGAUUAUCCAACGGGAGAGGCCGGACGGGCUGUUGCCUACCCUGGGUGGUCAAACGGGCCUGAACCUGGCAGUGAACCUGGCGGACGCGGGAGUGCUUGAGCGCUACGAUGUCCGGCUGCUGGGUACCCCGCUGGAGACUAUUCGACGUUCUGAGGACCGGGAAUUCUUUCGCAGUUUCCUGCACGAAAUUGGAGAACCGGAACCCGAAAACCUGACCGUGUCGACCAUGGACGAGGCACGGGACGCAGCGGCUCGCAUGGGACUGCCCUUGGUGAUCCGGCCAGCCUACACCCUCGGCGGAAGCGGAGGGGGAAUCGCGAAAACCGAGGAGGAAUUUGAGGCGUUCGCGCAGUCCGGCCUGUCCUCAAGUCCAAUUUCGCAGAUUCUCCUUGAGCGCUCACUGGAGGGCUGGAAGGAAAUCGAAUACGAGGUGCUGAGGGACGGCGCAGACAACUGCAUCACCAUAUGCAACAUGGAAAACCUCGACCCGAUGGGUGUCCACACCGGGGACAGUAUCGUCGUGGCUCCAAGCCAGACGCUCACGGACAAAGAGUACCAGAUGCUGCGCACAGCCAGCCUGAAGAUCAUUCGUGGGUUGGGCAUAGAGGGUGGCUGCAACGUUCAGUUCGCAUUGCAGCCUCAUCCGAAUGUUGCCAAGGUUAUCGAGGUCAACCCCCGGGUGAGCCGCAGUUCGGCGCUGGCCAGCAAGGCCACCGGCUAUCCGAUCGCCCGCGUAUCGGCCAAGAUCGCCGUUGGUCGACGCCUCGACGAGAUCGAAAACGCCGUAACGGGUCAGACCAAGGCAGCUUUUGAGCCGGCUUUAGACUAUUGUGUCGUCAAGAUCCCCCGGUGGCCCUUCGACAAGUUUCCAAAUGGCGACCGUAGCACCACCACCCAGAUGAAGGCCACGGGGGAAGUAAUGGUCAUAGACCGCUCCUUCGAGGCCGCAAUGCAAAAGGGGGCAAGGUCCCUGGAAUUGGGCGGGAAGACCCUGCUCUGGGAAGAUCCGGCAUGGAGCAGCGGCAGUGGCGCCACUGCGGAUGACCUACCAUUGGGGCCCAACGAUAUGCGUUUGUGGGGGAUCAUGGCGGCCCUGCGGCGCGGAUACACGGUGAACCAGCUAGUGGAACGCACGCUCUUUGAACCGUGGUUCCUUUUCGCGUUUGAGCGCAUAGUCAAAAUGGAACGCCGGCUGCUGGCGGAGGAACUGACACAGGAACUUCUGCACGAGUCCAAGCGUAUGGGCUUCUCUGACGUCCAAAUCGGAACGCUGGCAGAUAUGCUGCCGGAACAAGUACGAAACCUGCGGCGGCAAUGGGGACUGCGCCCGGUCUACAAGACCGUGGAUACCUGCGCGGCGGAGUUUGAGGCCACAACCCCCUAUUACUACAGCACCUACGAUGAAGAGAACGAGGCAGAGCCUCUCCCCGGAAAAAAGGCGCUGGUUAUAGGGAGCGGGCCAAUACGCAUUGGCCAGGGUAUUGAAUUCGACUAUUGCAGCGUACACGCCGCCUGGGCCCUCUCGGAGUCGGGCGUUCGCAGUAUUAUGGUCAACUCCAACCCUGAAACGGUGUCAACAGACUUUGACUCCAGCGACCGUCUCUAUUUCGAACCGCUGGAUGAGGAAUCAGUCCGCGACAUAAUUGACAACGAGACCGGGGACGAAGACUCGGUCCAGUUUGGGGGGCAGACAGCCAUCGACCUCUCACAGGCGCUGUCGGCCGCCGGACUGCCUAUUCUCGGUUCCAGCGCCGAGGCUAUCGACAUUGCGUCGGACAGGCAUAAAUUCGAGGACUUUCUCUCGCGGUUGGGUAUCCCCCAGCCGCCGGGCGGAGCGGUUUCGACGGUCAGCGAUGCACUCCAGGUUGCCCAGACCAUCGGAUACCCAGCGGUUGUGAGACCCAGCUACGUGCUGGGGGGGCGGGCGAUGGAAAUCGUCCAGAACGCGACGGAAUUGAUCCGGUACCUGGGUGCGGCCACGGAAAUAUCGCCGACCAGACCGGUCCUUAUCGACCGCUACAUGGAAGGGAAAGAGUGCGAGGUCGAUGCCAUAUGCGACGGCGAGGGUGUUCUGAUUCCUGGGCUGAUGGAGCAUGUCGAGCGCGCCGGGGUGCACAGUGGCGAUUCAAUGGCAAUCUAUCCAGGGCUCAAUCUCACAGAGGAUGAGGUUGACACCAUUGUCGACUACACCACUCGAAUCGGCCUGGCCCUGGGAGUCCGCGGGCUGAUGAAUGUCCAAUUCGUCAUACACGGUGGUCCGGCCUACCGCAGCCCCCAGACUCCGACGGCCGACUCCGGUGCCACGACCGUAUACGUCAUUGAGGUCAAUCCACGAGGAAGUCGCACCAUCCCGUUCAUCUCCAAGGUGACCGGCUUACCAGUGGCCCGGCUGGCAACUCGAGUGAUGCUGGGACACACCCUGGCCGAGGAAGGAUAUCCGACAGGUCUGUGGCCGCGCCAAGGGCUGGUGGGAGUGAAGGCUCCGGUGUUUUCAAUGGCCAAGCUGAUCGGUGUUGACUGGCAUCUUGGGCCCGAGAUGAAGUCGACCGGAGAGGUCAUGGGAAUCGACCGCAAUUUCUCCGCCGCACUGACCAAGGCCCUCCUGGCCGCCCGGCUGAACCUGAAGGAAGGCAUCGGGGUGCUGCUCAGCGUAGCCGACCAGCACAAGGCAGAGGCUGUUUCCAUCAUCAGAGGGUUGAACCAAGCUGGAUGCCCCCUGUACGCGACCGAGGGCACCGCUGCGAUGAUAUCCGCAAUGGGCCUGCCGGUGACAAUGACCACCAAGAAGUUGAGCGAAGGCCAUCCCAACGUGAUGGACGUGAUAAACGACGGAAGCGUAGGAGCGGUGAUAAACACGCUCUCAGGAGUAAGCGACGUGCUGCGGGACGGUUUCUACAUCCGCCGGGCCGCCGUGGAACGACAGAUGCCCUGUUUCACAUCGCUCGAUACUGCGCGAGCAGCGGUGGAGAGCCUCCUCUCCGGCAACGCCGUUUACGAUAUCGGCACUACGUCAGACUAUCUCAACGGCAGGUAG